AUGACAUCAAAUGACGAUAUUCUUUGGAAGGAGUCUUUUUUUGAAAAGAAUUUUAGUGUGGAUAAUAGCCUUUCAACAUUCACUCAAAAGUAUGAUUUAGAUACGCUUAGGAGUCAUUUGAAAAGUUAUGGCACAGAACUACAGCAAAGAAUGAGUGAAAUUUUAAAGGAUGAAACGGAAGCAAUAGUCAAUUUAGCAGAAUAUCUCACUAAUCUAAAUGUGAAGAUUGAACAUCUAUCUCUCCCUUUUUUUCAACUCAGGGAAGAAAUCAUGGCCUUAAAUCAACUAAUAAGUAAUGCAGAAAUGAGUUAUGGAAUGCUUUUGAAUAAUAUUAAGGACAAUAACACCAGCAAAAAUAAUUUAAAUUUGAAACUUGGAGUCAUUUCUUGUUCUGUGUAUAUAGACAAACUUUUAAAAAAUUUUGCAGAGUCAUUUGAAGACCUAAUUAUUUUAGAAAGAAUAGUGGGAAAAUAUUCAUUACAAAAAAGUUAUGUGGAUGAAUUAGAAAUAGUGACCACAGAUAUGCAGGAUAUAAUGGUAACAGUGGAAGAUCAACUAGUAAAAGUUAUUAACAGGAAGUUUCUUCAAGCUGUUGAAGCAAAUGAUACUGAGAUUGUUACUAGAUGUUUAAGAAUGUAUGACAGCUUAAAAAAGCACAAUGAUGCAGAAGAUAUAUAUAGGAGGACAGUAGUGAGGCCUUAUUUACAAAGACUAUUUAGUGAUAAUAGUGUAGAAAAAUCAAACCAAAAUGUAGAUAAAAUUUAUGAAAAUGUUCUGGAUUUUAUAGAUACAAAUAUGAAAGUACUCACCACAGUAGUUGAAUCUAAUGCAGACUUAAAUGUGUUUAACUUUAUCUUUAAUAGUUUUUGGAAAGAAUUUGAUAAACAGUCCCGUGAAGGUUUACCACACAUUACAGCUCCUGGUAAUCCAGAGCAAUUUCAAAAACGGUAUAAAAGCACAUAUGAAGUUCUUUUGAAAAUUUCAAGGAAGUGUAAGAAUGAAGAUUUGAUAACACAAGAUGAAUCUUUCACAGAACAUCUAAAACGAUUUAAUUUACCAGUCUACCUUGAAAUUAGGUACCAGAAAAUAGCUAGUGAUUUUGAAUCUGCUCUGGAUAUGGAACCAAAUGAAUUUUAUGCUACCAAAAAUGAAAUUUCUUGUAAGUUAAAACCUACUUUAGCACUGUGGAUAGCUGUUUCUCAGUGUUUUGAUAAAGAUGUUUAUCUAGAUCAACUUGCUGAUCAGUUUAUAAGAUUAUCAAUGCUGCUCUUAUCCAGGUAUUUGAAAUGGUUUUGAGACAACUUUAAAGGUUAAGUUUUCUACAUGUGAAGAAACAGAAAAAUUCAUUAUGAGUUCAUUAAUUGAUUUCACUUUUGUUGAAAACUUACUUUGCCCCUCUGUUGAUAAUCCUUCGGAUAUUAGUAAGACAAUAUAUGGAAUAAUUAGUUGGGUAUAUGUUAUUCCAAAUAUAAUAAACGCCAAUCAGAAAACCAUAAUUCAUCUUCAGAAUAUUUUGAAAAGUAACUUAAUAAAAAUGAAAGUAGAUGAAAUAUGCAAUCAACUUCAACAUGUGGGAUCAAUACCAAGAUUAUACAGAAGAACAAACAGAAGCUCACCUAAAGAAGCUAGCUCUUACAUGGUAGAUGCUGUGAAACCAAUUAUUACAUUCCACAAUGAAUUUACAGUUGUCAUACAAAACAGAACAACUGAAAUUUUAAAUGAUAUUAUCCUUCAAGCUACUAAACAUUAUUUGAAUUUGGUCCAGAGUGUGUUAAGGUCAGUUUGCAAAACGGAAGAAUCAUUAAGAAGAUUGAAAAGUAGAAAUGUAAAUAUGUCUGAGGAAAUUUCCCCACAAUCUGACUCAGGAUCAGAUGAAAUUAAAAUUAGGGAGCAAAUUAAACUUGAUGUAGGUUAUUUUCUUGAAAAGCUGCGUCCACUGGGUUCUGAAGAUUGUAGACAUAUAAUGGACUUACUAAAGGAGGAAAUUAACUAA